GAGUUUGUUUAGUUUAGUGUUGCAUCUAUCUUACGAUGAUUGCAAUUUCCAGAUUGAGUAAAGAAGAAGAUUGUCUAUUUGUCUGUAAUCCUGGUUAACACACACGCCAAACAGUCACACAAGACUUAAAGUCUUUAACUUUCACCAUUUCAAACCUCCCCAACUGUCAUUUCUUUCCGAUCUACUUGCAAACAAGAAACAAUACGCCAAAUUAUACUCAGCCCAACAAACCCUUCUUUUAUUUCCCUCUAAUUCAUUGUGUUUCUGCUUCAAAAUUCAAUCUUUUUUACCCAUACAAUCAGUAUAUAUGUUUUUGUGGGUACAAACCCACAAAUUUAAGUGAUCUUGGGUCAAAGAUUGUGACUUUUUUUAGGUUUAAGGCAUGCCCGGAUGAGAUGAAUUUGUGAGAAUUUGUAGUGAUUGCUAUGGCUAUGGAAGAGGUGAAAAAUUAUAGCUGGAGAGAUUCAUAUAGGGGAAUGUCCUCUGAUAAUGUGAAGGGUUUAGUUUUGGCUUUGUCUUCGAGUUUGUUCAUCGGUGCUAGCUUUAUUGUUAAGAAAAAAGGGUUGAAAAGAGCUGGUGCUUCAGGUGUAAGAGCAGGGGUUGGAGGAUAUUCAUACUUAUAUGAGCCACUAUGGUGGGUGGGAAUGAUAACAAUGAUUGUUGGAGAGAUAGCAAAUUUUGCAGCUUAUGCAUUUGCACCAGCCAUUCUAGUCACUCCUCUUGGUGCCCUCAGCAUUAUUAUAAGCGCUGUACUUGCACAUAUAAUUUUAAGAGAGAAGCUCCACAUUUUUGGUGUUCUUGGUUGCAUCUUGUGUGUCGUGGGCUCAACCACCAUUGUUCUGCAUGCUCCUCAAGAACGUGCUAUCGAGUCCGUAAAGGAAGUGUGGGAUCUUGCUACAGAGCCAGGUUUUCUCUUGUAUGUAUCAGUGGUGUUAGCAGCUGUCUUCAUACUUAUAUUCCGUUAUGUUCCACAAUAUGGCCAGACACAUAUAAUGUGUUACAUCGGAGUGUGUUCACUAGUUGGUUCUAUUUCAGUCAUGAGUGUCAAAGCAAUUGGAAUCGCUUUAAAGCUAACAUUAUCGGGAGUUAAUCAGCUUAUUUUUCCCCAGACAUGGGCUUUUACAAUGGUGGUUAUCCUCUGUGUGCUUACACAGAUGAAUUAUUUAAACAAGGCACUGGACACGUUUAAUACGGCUGUUGUUUCUCCGAUAUACUACGUUAUGUUUACAUCAUUAACUAUUUUGGCAAGUGUGAUAAUGUUUAAGGAUUGGGAUAGGCAGAGCCCAACACAAAUUGUCACGGAGAUGUGUGGGUUUGUGACAAUCCUCUCAGGAACAUUUUUGCUUCACAGAACGAAGGACAUGACUGAUGGCCCGGCGCCUCUACCAGUGCGUCUUCCAAGACACACGGACGAGGAUGAAGGUAUUCCUCUUAGACGACAAGAAACAGCAUCGAGAUCAGUGUGAUGAAUCCUUCUCAUUAUUGUUGAUGCACAAGAAAGACCCAAAGCGUCAGAAUUGCUCCUUCUUUUUGGAGCUUUGGGCAUGCAUCAUCCUUUUCUGGAAUGGUAUUGACGCUAACAUGGAAAUUCUUUUUGUAUGCUUAACCCUUUUCUUUUCUUUCGAAGGAAAGGCUAGAACAGGUUCUUUUACAAUGAGAUUGAAAAAAUUGCAAGUGCCCUCUCUUGGUAGAAGGGAGAAUUGCCAAUGUAAGACUGAAAGGAUGUGAUUUUACAAAAAUGUAUCAUUCUUGUUAGUUUGACUUGGAAAGACAAAGGCUUUAGGGUGAUUUGUGUUGUUGACUCCAGUUAUCCGGAGCACCUAACCUUGAUCAAUUCAGCAAGACAGAAAAAAAAGUUUAUUUACAGUGUUCAAAUUAAAUUUUGGGCAAGACAAUAUAUUUCUUAGUA